GAAAAACUAAGGAAAAAGACAGAUGAGCCUGAGGAUCGGCCAAAAAAGGAAAAAGAUGAUAAAGAUCAGGACAAAGAAAAGGAUCGUGAAAAGGAAGAAAAGGAUAAGAAACGGCGCAGAGAAGGUGAAGAGCGAGAAAAAGACAAAAACCGUGACAGGGACAAGCGCAAAAGAAGCCGCUCGCGCAGUCGAAACUCGAGCAGAGCAUCGGAGAGGAGAAGUAGCAGGUCACGUGACCACAAGAGGUCGCGGAGCAGGGAACGAAGGAGAAGCAGAAGCAGAGAGCGUCAGCGGAGUCGAAGUCAUAACAGAACAGAUAGGAAGCAUCGAUCUCGCAGCAGAGACAAGCGCCGAUCUAAAAGCAGAGAACGUAAAUCUUACAAACACAGAAGUAGAAGCCGGGACAGAGAGAGGAGAUCAAAGGAAAGAGAAAAAAGAUCCGACGACAAAAAAAGCAGCAAGUCCAGCAGUCGGGACGGACAGAGCGAAUCUCGAAAAUCCGACUCUAAGGAUUUGUCGGCACAGACCUCAGUAAAUGGGGCCAACGAGGGCGUAAAAUCUGAAGGUGACACUCAGUCCAAUUAAAACUGAUCUGAUUUGACCUCUGAUCAGACAGAGGUAAGUGUUCUGUGCCUUACUACCCUAAGCUCUUAUGUUUUGCUAGAAUGUAACGGUGCAGCGUAAGUAUGCACAGAUGAAGAGCGCUCUAGAAGAGGCCAUGAAAGGAGAGCUCUGUAGCCCUGCGCAGUAUGUCGAGGUAUACCAUUUAUUGUAUUUGUAGUGACCCCUCCCCCCACGCCCAUCCAGCUUUUAUCUCCCUCCUGUCACCACAACGCGCCUUCUUCAAACAUGCGCCAUUUACAACUCGUGUUGUCUUGUCAUAAUUAACAUCUACAACAAAUGUAUAUCUAUAUAUUUUUAGUUUUUUUUUAUAACCAAAGCCAUUCACCUUUAAAGAGGCGCAUUUAUAUUUUAUCCUAAAAACUGGCUGGCGUGUUUAAAAAAAAAAAGAAAAUUCUUUAGAUGUUUCUUUGUGAAAGAUGUUUGGAGUCUUUUGCCUUCCUGCCUUGCAUACUAAUGCAGUCUGUUCUGUAACUCGAGAGCCUUGUAGCAUUGGAUUGAUGGAAGUGUAGGGUUAAUGAAUAAAUUCACCUCUCUGCCAUACCUCACUCAGCGUUGGCGUUGUAAGCGGGCCCCUGAAAAUGCCAAAUUAAAAAUCAAGGAUUCAGUCAUACUAAUCAGGUACUCUUGACAGGUACUCCUUUCUCUACCAAAAUCCAUUGUUUGAAUGAUGUUACGUACUAGAAUAAGCUUGAUGAUAGAUUUGUUAUUUUUGUGUAUUUUAAUUAUUUUUUUUUUAUUCUGUCUUUGUCUACAAAGCAAAGCCACACUGUGUGUUUAUUUAUUUAUUUUUUAUGAUAUACUUUUUAUUUAUUUACAUGUUAGAGUUGGUUGUUUUAAUGACAGUGUUAACAGUUUUGGCAAUUUUCUUUUAACUGUGUCUAGGGAUGCAGUGAUGUCAUUAAUACAAAAUACUAUUAAAGAUUUUAUAUGCAAAUCUUUGCUCGCUAUAUAUGGGCCAUGUUACAUUCAGUGCAAGCUUAUACCGAGGUAUGUCUUUAAUUUUUUCCUACUAAGUAGGAGAACGUUACGUUUUUUGUUAUCCAGGAAGUGUCAAUAUAGUUGAGAAAAAAAAUCUGCUUUUGGCAGAAAAAGCAGAGAUUCGAAAUCCGUUGUUUUACAGGCGAAUCCCUUUUUCUGUAUUAGAGGAGUUUGCAUGAAGGUGUUAGGAUUUGGGGGACUCCUGUAGACCCAGAUAGGUGGUUUGCAUCAUUUUUUGUUGUUGGCAAUGAAAUAAUUUUCUCUCUCUCUCUUUUUUUUUUAUUUCUCUGCGAAUCUUACCAGAUAAGACGGAAGAUGAAGAGACCGCCCUUCGCUCCACCCCAAGAUGUCUUAAUUGAAGAUCUUCUUUAUAUGAGGUGACAGAAACCUGUAUUGAGAAUUUAAAACAAAUAUAAAAAAAAAAAAACACAAAUAAAAAAACAUACAAAAAAAAUCUAGCUGGUUCUUAAGUUAAGAACUGAAGUAAUUCUCUAGAGUUUAAUUCUUGAAAUUGUUCUUGAGAUGUUCGUCCUGGUCAGGACACACCGUAUACAAUGCGGGCACACAUUACUAGAACCUGCCUUGCAUAUUGGGUAAACUAAAGCAUUUUUUUUUCGGACUUGGUAAAACAAAGUAAUGUUUGUGAACUUUUUCUUUUUUACGAGUAGUGAUAGAAUAUCCAAUAAAAGCUCUUCAAGACUCUGAUGUAAAUGUGCUUUGUUGUUACUUGGCUUGGUAUUUACAUGCUUUUUCAAAUAAACUUGUUAUUGUUAA